ACUCUACAGUCCCAAAUUGGAGCGUUUCAGUCUCGGUAAACUUGCCUUCAAACACUAGCAAGCUAACGAAAGAAUCUAUAUUCGUACAUCAACCCAUGCUUGCCGAGCUCUUAACAUAAACGCAGACAUCUUGGAGCACUUCGCAGUGCCAAUACUCGCUAAUGACAAAAAUUCCAUUACUUUUAUGCUUUUUGAUCUCGUAUUCAUCAUUGCUAACUAAUUCAAAUAUGAGGAAGGACUCUUCCUUCCAUGUUGAGCUCAUUUUCUCCGCAAGAAUAUUACCCACAGUAUAGUUCCAGUGUUUGUUUUUACUAUAAGUACAAUGAUUUGCAGCUGUGUUGAAUUGUACACAAUCUAGCAUUUGAGUUUUAAUCUUCCCAUUUGUAUCCAUUGAAUUCAUCCUAUAUCUUUUUUCCUUUGUGUUUAUCUUUGUGUCAGAGCGUAGCCAAAAAAGAGCUAACAACUGGAUUAGAACAAAACAUUGUUACUUCAAAUUAAAAUUUUUUGCACAACUGAAACAGCGUAUUCCAAAUAGGCUUAAGUAUUUAUUCUAACUGAUCUUAACCACUUUAACUGAUUUGUGCUUCAUUGACCAUAGCCUGUAAAUAGGUUAUAGGCAAAGAUUGAUUCUUUGAAUUAACCUAUCAGUGCGUUUAAAAGCAUUCCAAAUACGCUUAAAUCGAGAAUGGGAGGCUCUUAAAAAAAUUGCCACUGUUUAUCAUUGCUAAACAGUAAAUUCUAAGAUUUUUAACAUUAUUCAGUAAGUUCAUUCUCUGAAUACCUUUUCUUCACAAUUCAAAAAGGUAUAGGCAUAAAAUAAAAUGGAAACGGUUUCUUUGAAAUUUUCUGGAAGUGCAUUUAACUGCAAUCUAAAUAUGCCUGCAACGAACAUUGAUUCGAAUAUAGGCGCUUUUAAAUGAAAUCUGGAACAUCAUCUCAAACUUUUGCUAUCUUUUUGCAGUUGCCACUCCGACAGCAUCCAGUUUGUUUUCUCCUUUAUUAACCACCAUCUUUGAUGAGGCGCCAUCCGUUUCGAUUAACAGUUCAACUACAACUUCUGAUUCCUCAAGUGAAAGCUUAAGUGAUACAACUAUUGCAGAUUUAGAGUCUGGGGAGUACGAUUCACUGUCAAUGACAUUUUCUGCAGCACCUAGCUUGGUAUCUGUAAUGAAUUCCACCAUUUUGACAACAGCUUGGACGGACAGUAAACCAUUGAUGAUGCUAUCCUCCACUUCAGUCUUUCAUACAGUUAUAACCAACAAACUGUCGUCUUGGGGAGUACUAUCGGCAUCGGCAGCCUCUACCUUAUACCUCGCCGGUCAGUCACCAGCCGUCAGUUCUGCAUCUGUGCCACUUCCUGUACCGAGCAAUGUUUAUAGAUCAUGCCAUGAACUGCACACAAAUCACACAAAUGCUCCCAAUGGUGUUUAUGAACUUACCAUUGGUAAGCAUUUUUGCAUGAUGCAAAAUGUGCUUGGAUGUACAGGAGGGGGUUGGACCCUAGCCAUGAAGAUUGAUGGCAACCUGGAUACUUUCAAAGGAGGAAGCAGCCACUGGACUGGCAACAGUGUGCUCAACGAAAUAAACGGCGUGAACUCCCUAGACCAAGUGCAAGCAAAAUUCUCAGCCUUUAACAAUUUAGCCUUCACUGCUGUGUGUGUUGGUAUGAAUCAUUCCAGUGAAACCCGUUGGACAGAAAUAACGUACUCGGCCAGCUCGUUGUUGAGCGUGUUCCAGCCUAAUGUUUUUAUCGCAACAAACAUUGGUCGUACGGCUUGGAAAAGCCUAUUAGGUGGGUCUUCAUUGCAGACAAACUGUAAUAGAGAAGGUUUUAAUGUAUUUCGUGAUGGUGGUGGUAUGUUUGCCAGAAUUGGUAUCAUAGGCAAUGAUGCAAAUGAUUGUGCAUCCCCAAAUUCCUACAUUGGUUUUGGCACAAAGUCUAGUGUGAACAGUAAUUGCAACUACCCUGAAUUUGGAGUUUCAUGUGGCAAUGCAGCUUUUUGCUCGUCAGAUAACGGAGACAAAGUAAUAGCCGCUUUUGGGUAUAUAUUAGUGAAAUAAUCAAAUCACAUACCCUUAGUUGCAUCGUGACCAAAGCAGUUGAGUAUUGGUCGUACAAAAAAUAUCGAAAAUAAUAAAGAGAAGAAGUUUACAUAAGAACAGAAAGUUACUUUUGACAGCAUAUAUGGCAGCGACCUAGUGUAUACGCAAGUUCGAUCGGAUCACAAAGAUGUUGUUAGCAACACUGAAACUAAUACUACACACUGAAAGCUGAUAUGAAGAUACGGUACAUAAGACUUUAAGAUGAUAAGAUUUUAAUUUUUUCGUGAUAUUUUGCCAGUCUAGAUAGGCUGCGUCAUUUAAAGUACAGGCAUAAUUGUUUCUCAAUAGCUCAAGUUGUUUAAAGUUGAGAAUGCGAGGAAAAAUAAACAAUUUUCAAAACAUUUAGAGUUAUUACUUUAAUUGUUUUGAAAAUUGUUUAUUUAUCCUACCAUUAAGUAUUUUUAUUGCAUGCUUAACAGUUUUUGUGCCUUCCCUCCACGAUUGCAUGGAGAAAAGCUGAGUCAGUAAUCUUCGCACCCAAUUUUUUGAGUUAUAUGAAUUUGAUAAAAUUUGUCUGUUCGUUGUGUAACAUUAUUAAAUGUAACUUGUCGCCAUUAUAUGUGAUCAAUUUCUGUGAUCUGUUUCCUGAAUACAGUGCCAAAUUUAAAGACCAAAAAUUCUUACUUUAGUAUAGAAGAAAAGGGUUUUUUAAAAAUAACUGUAGCAUUACAAUGACAAGAUUUCCUGCUCUCAAUUGUGAGAAUAUACUAGGUGGAUAUUUUAGUAGCUCUAAAGAUUCUUUGUAUACAUGGACAAAAUAUCAGUUAGUAACGAGAAAAUGCAAUUCACUAAAUUGCUCCGAUCUUUCAGUUUGAUUCAUUAGUCUGCUUCAUAACUUCAAUGUUAAUUUUAAGAGCUUAGCAGUGUGGUUUUAAUCUGAUGAAAGACUGUUCCAUAUUUUGGGCCCUAGGUAGGAUAGGCACAUUUGUCCAGUGUUGCUUUCCCGAAAUGGUAGGUUUAGUGUAAGCUUCGAUCUUCGUGUAGUUCGGUCCUGGUUGAUAGGAUGAAAUAUCUCAGCAGUGUACGCUGUAGCCGUUCCUUUCAAAAACUUCAUGAUGUUGACAAAGAAACAAUGACCUAUCCUGUUUUUUAAUAGGGGGCCAAUUUAUAGCCUUUAACUCCGUGACCCCAAUAUGUGUUGUGUUUCUUAGAUUGAGAAAAAGACGAAUUCAUUUGUUUUGUGCUGCCUGGACAUUUUUGGACAGCCUCUUUUUCAACCCGGAAUACCAGGAAGAGCAAGCAUAGGGGAAAAAUGGACUUGCCAUGCGCGCGAUGAAUCACAGGGGCUACGAAUGUCAACACUGCUUAGCGAUAUCCGCCAUUAUGUUUUACUUAACAACCAAAAUUGUUCUUCUAUAUGCUGGAAGAACAAUGAUAUAGAAGAUUCGAAGGCGCUAUAUGUCUGACUGUGCAUAAUUGCCCAUUGAGCGGGUGAGGAAAAAUCACUCAAGCGGAAAUACUGGC